GUGCAGCACUGCGCAGCCUCCAACAUGGCACGUGUGGGCUUCCACGUCUACCUGGUCCUGUACUUUUCUUUGCUCCACUCCAGCUCCGGACGCCCGCCUCGCAUCAGGAAGGCCGUGUCGCCUCGGGCAACCGAUGAUGAUGACGUGAAGGGCCAGCUUGAGAAGUUGUGGCGGGAGGUGAAUUUACUAAAAGAGAUGCAGGCCUUGCAGACAGUGUGCCUCCGUGGCAUCAAAGUUCACAGGAAGUGCUAUCUCACUGUUGAGGAACCCAAACACUAUCAUGAAGCAAACGAAGACUGCAUCGCACAAGGAGGAACUCUUGCAACGCCGCGAGAUGCGAUGGAGAACAACGACCUUCGAGACUAUGCCAAGAGGAGUUCCCCAGGCUCCAAGGACUUCUGGAUCGGCGUGGCGGACAUAGUGAAAGAAGGCCAGUACGUUGACGUCAACAGUCAGCCCGUCGGCUACCUCAACUGGGACCGCUCCAAGAAGCAACCCACAGGAAGCAAGAGAGAGAGCUGCGUGGCCCUUUCAGUGGCAGCACAGGGCAAGUGGUAUGACGAGGUGUGUCGCAGUUUGAAAAAGUACAUUUGUGAGUAUGUUAUUCCCUGAAGGCAACACGUGUUGAUGCUCUCCUAUGCAGGUCAAUGCAAGAAAGAGAAAGUACUCUAUUUCCCCAAAUAGCGUCUAGCUGUCAUAAUUAAGACAAGUAAACACCGCCCUCAAACAGGUGCCUUUUUUUUAACGGCAGAAAUAAAAAUGCGUAGUCAGUACAGUGGUGCCUUGAAUUAUGAGUUUAAUUCGAUCCAUUAGUUGUUUUUCGUAAAAGGAUAAGUACGAUUUGUUUUCCUUUGAGUAUUAUCUUUUCUGUCUACAUGCUUUGCUGCACUGCUUCUGUUCAAAUAGUCAUUGCUUCAUGGGUUGUCACGCUGCGACAAUCGCUGCUGGUUUCGUUAGCCCGUCUAUGGCGUUUUGUAUUGCGCGUUAACAUUAAAGUCAAGUCAAAUUAGUCAUUUGCCAAUUGCUCCAAAACUGAUUGAUAUUCAGUUUUAAAGAUGAUCUUAUGUUAUAUCUGGCGAAUAGUGCUCUGGUAGAUUCUGAACUCUGAUCACUCUGCAAUGUGUAAGUCUAUAUUUGUGUUGCGUUUUACUACAUUUCCUCAUAAAUGUCCCUAUUCUUUAUAUUCCAAUUUAAUUUGACACGAAUGGUAAUAUACUGGUAACAUUGUUACAUUUCCCCUCCCAAAGGUUACAAAAAAAAGGCCUCCCUAAUAAUAAUAUUUGUGUAAAUACAGUUGCUACAGUUGUUGAAAAUGUGGAAAUGGCAGACACUGUAAUUCAAAAUAAUCCGAUAGGACUUGUGUUGUGGUGAAAUAUUGUUGAUAUUGUCUGUAAAUCCGCACAACCCAAACAAGCCAAGUGUCUAUUUCUUUUUAUGAAAUUUAAGACGCGUAUCUAAAGUCGUUAGUGCUCAAAACGAUAAUAAUUUUAAGACUAAAUGUAUGUUGGUGAUGUAGUAAGACAGUAAGACAUUUUUUUUUUUUUUUGGGAGAAUCUUUUUCUUGAGAUCGUCAUACAUGUAGACCCUCAUGCAACCUAUUUACCUUUCCAUUGAUCCAGUUUUUGAAGGUGUGCAAAGCUGUUUACUUCUCUAUCUAUGGCUGAUACCGCUUAGGAUGAGUACGAUGCUAAUGCUCAUUAUCACCAUUUAAUUGGAGCGUCUUUAAGCAAUCAAGCGUCAAAUGUAAAGCAAUAAGUGUAUUGCAUGGAGAAUAAAUGUGAGUACCAAUUCA